GGAAGAAGCUAAAGUGGGGAAAACAAUCGGGUGGAUCGACGAACAGUAACUUCAAUAAGAAACAAACGAGGGCGUGAUAUUUGGUCUGUUCAGCUGUUGGUGUCUCCGGUGGACAUUUUCCACGUAAAGAAAAGUCAAGAUGGAGUUCCUGUUUGGAAGGAGAAAGACUCCUGAGGAGAUGCUCAGACAGAAUCAAAGAGCAUUAAAUAGAGCCAUGCGGGAUCUAGACAGAGAACGGCAGAGACUGGAGCAGCAGGAAAAGAAAAUAAUCGCAGACAUAAAAAAAAUGGCCAAACAAGGACAGAUGGAUGCUGUAAAGAUCAUGGCUAAGGAUUUGGUUCGUACAAGACGAUAUGUUAAGAAGUUCAUCAUGAUGAGAGCCAAUAUUCAAGCUGUCAGCCUUAAAAUUCAAACCCUCAAAUCAAACAACAGCAUGGCGCAGGCCAUGAAAGGAGUCACCAAAGCUAUGGCCACCAUGAACAGACAGUUAAAGUUGCCACAGAUCCAGAAGAUCAUGAUGGAGUUUGAGCGCCAAAGUGAAAUCAUGGACAUGAAGGAGGAGAUGAUGAAUGAUGCAAUUGAUGAUGCGAUGGGAGAUGAAGAUGAUGAAGAGGAGAGUGAUGCUGUUGUUUCUCAAGUUCUUGAUGAGCUGGGUCUGACUCUGUCUGAUGAACUUUCAAACCUGCCUGCUACUGGAGGAAGUCUGUCGGUUGCUGCUGGGAAGAAAGCUGAGCCGCAGCCUACGCUGGCCGAUGCUGAUGCUGACUUGGAAGAGAGACUGAAUAAUCUCAGAAGAGACUGAGAAGGAAAAGACUUUCAGGUUUCGGUCAAGAGUUCGCUUCACUAAAAUGUAGACUGAUGAUGCAAAGAAGGGGGGGUUGAAUGCUGUUGUUUUUUUCUGACAUGAGACGCUUGAAUGCGUCUCUUUGGUUUUCUGUCUCUCUUUAUGACAUGUGCUGUUUAAAUGUUAUCAAACACGUAACCCAAAUGAAGAUGCAAUGCAUCAGACUGCUCCCAAGUCUUUUUAAAGGUGAUAAAGCCAACAGAGUAUCUGUUACUCCAAAAUUUCAAGUUGAUCUUUAGCAGACACUUUAACACUAAAUAUUUCAGUGAUAUAAAAACUGCUCAUCCCUUAUUCUAAUAGGCACAGAUCUUUUUAUAUAUGUGAUGCAAAAAGUCACUCCACUUUUCAAUCUGUUUAUAUAAAAGUAUAGCAGAGAACUGCUGAAAUACCCACGCUAUUAUACUAUCAUAAUAUUUUCAUUGUGAUCUUUUAGUAGUAAAUACCUUCAUCUAAUAAAUGUGGUGGUUCAUAUAUUUGUUUACCAGAUUGAUUGAAUCUAUAGUGCCUACACUUAGGCUUGUUCAUUAAACUAUAAACCUUCAUAAACUUAAAGGUUUAUGAACAAGGCAAAAUCUCUUUAACUUUGAUCAUUUCGUUUGGAAAAAAAAGAUAAUAAUUUGGCGGCAGUUUUCCAAAGCUUGUUUUAUCGUAAAAUAAUCUAGACUUGUUUGUAAAAAUCAAAAGAAAUAUAACUAGUGUAUUUAUCUCAUGGUGAAUUAAAAGAGGUGGUAUAUUUUGACAAAUUAUUUCUGGUUUUGCAUAUUUUUUUGUCUCAAUAAACAUUUUUUCACUUUCUAUGAAGGGAA